GCCUGCUGUUACCUGGUGCAGGUGAGAACCGGCUGAGGCACAAACAACAGAGCAGAGGAGCUGAACAGGGAGGGCGACGGAGCGAACAUGACCAGCCUCUUCUCCAGCCGGGACGUCCAGGUGAAGAACAUGGAGCAGACGGUGAGACACGCCGAGAGGCACCUGGGGGAGAUCUGCUUCCUGCUGGGCUCCUACACCAGGAAGACGGCCAAGCUCCGGGACAAGGCCGACCUGCUGGUGGCCCGGCUCCUGGACUUCUCCGGCACCGAGGGGCCCGAGCUCCAGGUCGGCCUGAGGAACCUGGCAGAGGACCUGGCCAUGGUGCAGGACUACAGGCAGGCUCAGGUCGAGAGACUGGACACACGAGUUGUUGCUCCUCUAAAAGCCUACGGAGACAUAGUGAAGAAUAAAAGGGCCGACCUGAAGAAGUUCAGCGCCGACAUGAACAGGGAGCUGAAGGAGCUGCAGAAGCUGGAGAAGCUCCGCCUGAAGAGCCCAGCAGACCGACAGAGCAUCUCACAGGCGGAAGUGAACGCUCAGAGGGCGUCGAACAACGCCCAGCGCAGCAUCCGAGAGGUGGAGGAGGCCAUCACCACCUUCCAGAGACAGAAACUGGAGGAUAUCAAAACAAUUUUCUCAGACUUCAUCACAGUGGAGAUGCUCUUCCACGCCAAAGCACUGGAGGUGUACACGCACUCGCACCACAACCUGGAGGCCAUGAACAUUCAGAAGGACCUGGAGCUGUUCAGUGGACGCCUCCAAAUGUCUGAUUCCCUGACCGGACACCUGGACACGGGUGUGAGCAGCCGCUCGUCCCCCCUCAUGGGCCGCUACCCGAGCCCCUCGGCGGCCUCCCCCAAAGGGCAAAGCCUCAGGGCAACGCUGGCUGCCACCAUAGGCCACAACACCAGACAACAACACGGCCAGCUGGCAGAGAAAGCCAGGAGGUCUCGUAGCACGUUACAUCGCCAGAGAGGCAUGGAGGAGGAGGAGGAGGAGCUGGAGGACGAAGAAGAGGAUGAUGAUGAGGAAGAAGAAGAGGAAGAAGAGGAGGAGGUGUCAGAGGCCGAGGAGGCCCAGCACGUCAGCAGGCAGUCUUACGCUGUUCAAUACGCCCGGAUGCGCAGAUGGCAAAAGUAACAGCCUCUGCAUUAAGAAAAAUAUUAAAAAUAAUACACAUAGAUUUAACAAAUUGAUCACAGAGCUGCUUAAUAGACUGUUGUCUUAUUAUUAUUAAUGAUGUAAUGUAGUUCAUGUUUAUAGUAGUUAAUUGCUUUCUCAUCUUUUAAUCUCUGCUACUCAGUUUAGCAGAAACAAAAAAAACCAUUCCCAAAGUAAAGAUGGAUCUGCUUCGUCUGAUAAAUUAGUCUCGCAAAUUAAAGAUGUGAUGGAAAAAUGACAUUCUGCUGACAUUUGAAGUAAAUACAACUCAACAGGCAAGAUGUGUAAAGCAAAGCAUUUUUUGGACUGCGCAGCAUUGAUGCGAACACAGAGUCAUCGGAUGCGAAGCAACAGCAACUUUGUCUCUCAUAAUGUGCAUAGCGUGCCGAAAAUGUGGAUUUCUAUUAUUUGAAAUAAAAAGAUUGA